AUGGUUAAAUAUGCGAAGAAGUUAAGGGAUCCAGGGAAAUGUGCAAAAGGCGCAGGUAUGGAUUUGAGAGUCCAUUUUAAAAACACGUAUGAAACAGCUAGAGCUAUAAGAAGAAUGAAAUUGUUAGAGGCCAAAAAAUAUUUAAAUGAUGUUAUUGAAAAAAAAAGGUGUGUUCCCUUCCGUAGAUAUAAUGGAGGUGUUGGAAGAACAAAUCAGGCAAAAGAAUUUAAUCACACUCAAGGAAGAUGGCCCGCGAAAUCGUGUAAAUUUCUUUUAAAUGUUCUUGACAAUGUGCAGGCAAACGCAGAGGCAAGGAAUUUGGAAGUUGGAAAAUUAAAACUAAUUCAUAUAAUGGUUAAUAGAGCUCGUCAAGGAAGAAGAAGAACAUUUAAAGCGCAUGGAAGAAUUAACCCAUUUAUGUCUUCUCCUUGUCAUAUUCAAAUUAUUGCAAAAGAAAUAACAAGACCUGCUAAGAAAUCUCUUUUGACAAAUGCAGAAAAACAGAAACUGUUACCAUUUAAAAUUACAUUAAAAAAAUUAAUAAAACUAGAUAUAUCUAAGAAAAAAACUAUGAAAAAAAAGAUAAAAAAAAAGUAA